AGAAAAGACGUGGUUGAUGCUCAUUGGGCUGGGUAUGUUAUUUUGUGGUCUCGCUUUUCGCAUGUUUCUGAGACACCUUUUGUCCCUGAUCGUGGAUGCAAACAUUCGACAAGGUAUGUUCUUGCUUAUUGACGCUAUUGAACACUGUGGCUCGUUCCUUGGAAGUCUGGUAGUGACUAAACUUUACGGGCUUGGGCUGAAAUGGGGUGGUUGUUGGAGGGGAAUUCCAUUCUUGGCCACGUCAUUCCUGUUUCUUGCUGCUUUCGUUAUUGUUGUUGCCUGGCACUUGCAUCCGCCUCUUCAAGCCGGACCGGUACGUGGGUGAAGCGGGCUGCAGAAAAGGUGAGAGUCCGUCCUUGGCCAACGGUAUGGACAAGAUGGGAUGGAGCAGUAGAUGACCAACGCGGCCGCACGUGACACUCGCCGCAUUUGCUCAGCCAGCUCAAUACCUACAUAUAAACAGUCCGCCACUUUCCGCAGGAGGAUUCACCACAUCAUCCAGAAUCGUCCAAAUAAAUUCGCUAAGAUGCCACUCCAAGACUUACCUCCAGAGGUGCUAGUCCGCAUUUUUGCCUCGGCCGGCUCUCGACCUGAUCUGCGAGCGAUGGCAAGCACCUCCCGGCGCAUUUACUCUGUCUUUUUGGACGAGAGACCAGCGCUCAUCUACCAAGCUCUCUCCACCGAACUAGGUCCAGUUCUCAGCGAUGCCCUUGCUUUCUCCAACACAGAGCCUCUUGACGCAUCGUCGCUGUCGUACCACCAGCAGGUUCGAGACUCUGUGUCUAUGUACGACGCCUAUCUCACAGGCCAGAACAACCCAUCCCCACGCCAAGUCUCACUGGAUCACGCACUUGAUCUGGUCAACUCAUACCAAACAAUGACCUAUUUAACAAGCGUAUACACCACCUCCAAAUUGAUGCUUUUCCAGAAGGAAAUCAAACCCUCCUCCUCAAGCACGCCCUUGGUUGCUCCGCCAAGCCAGACAGAGCAUCUGCGCAUCCUCCGCAGCUUUUACCGCCUGCAGAUGAUCUUCAACCUCUGCGGCAGCUGUGCGCCAGGACUGCGGCGGAAGUACAACAAACCCGACACCGAGUGCAUCAAUUAUCGCCUGUUUGGGCUAUGGGAGCCAUGGGAGCUACAGCAGGUUCUCUGCGUCGCCGCCUUCACAAGCAGACUCCACCGCCACCUCACCCAGAUCGAGGACGACGACCUGAGGGGGGAGGGCAUAUCGCGGCGCGUCUUCUUCGGGCUCGGUGCCCUGCGAGAAUUUAUUGGGAAACUGCGCGCUGCCGAUGAGGCCACGUGGCAGAAAGUACUACAGGACACGUCGAGCCUUCGGUCUGAGCCCCGGACCAUGGGGACGUUCGCGCAGUACGGCACGGACUGCUUCGACUACCGCUACCACGAUUACCGCAUGCAGAAAUUUCCGCCCGGGAGGUAUAGUUUCCCGGUAGGCGUCCCCUUCGAUGGCGACCACGUCACGUCCCCGCCCCUGGCCUGGGUGGAUGCGCACGAUGGGCGGUACACGCACGACUUCUUCGCAGGGCAGGAGAGGACGCGGAGGGGCCGCCUGGAGAUGCAGCAUCUGGGCAAACGGAUGGGGUUGGUAUGGGACCUCUUGGGCUUCGUCAUGUGGGAUGCGCCGCGAGUCACUGCGUUGAAGACGUCGUCUAUCUUGUCAGAAUUUGCAACGGGCUGGGCGCUCGGCUAAGUACUUGUAAUUACAGUACAAAAGCACACGCAACAGGCCGCCCUCUCUCUAGUGGUAACAUGACAAAAUAAACAUGUCAAGCAAAGCCCGCGUGUUUCAAAAGCCGAAUGGCCAAUGAUCACCACUGGCAAAGCACGACGGUGGUCAUGGUCGGGUUGUACACAAUCCCGCACCCCUCAACUUGCUUCUCCAUGUGCGAACACCACAUAUUCUUGACACCAUCACAAACCAGCAGCCCCAACUUAUCUUCAGUCCCCUUGUACGUGCACGUGAAGCCCACGGCCUCGAACGGCCCCAGCGUCGGCGGGAACCCGGGACUAGCGCCGUUGGCCGCGGUCGUCGACUUGGUGAAGACUGCAGACGAAUCGCACAGCUCGACCGGCCGAUCCAGCGUCGACGCCAACACGCUCCACGACCGGACCCACUGCCCGAAGCCGAAGCCCCCCUCCGAGUUGGCCAGCAGCUCCAUCAGCGCGAUGAUGAUGAAGCCAUUCUCGG